GGGAAGGGCGGGACGCCGCGCGCGCGAAGGGGAGGAGGUGGUAAAUGCAAACCAAAUAAAAACAUGUACAGAAUUCCAAAGUCUUCAGGUAGCACUUAUCUACCACGGGAUGAAACAAGCCAUGGCACCAACAGUGACAGCUCAGACACAGAAAAUAAAAGCCAAGAUUUAAAUUGGCUCUCUCAAAGACAAGGACUCUCACCCAGUAAUACUGAAAGACAGAUCCCUAUUAGUAUCAGGCAGGAAGAUAGGCAGCUUCAAUACUCACCCAAAAAAGGUAUCUGGCUUGUAUUCCACUUGCUAGCACUAUGCAUAACCGUUCUGUGGCACUUUGUGAUGAAAAUCUGCAGCACUUUCACAAGGAAAAUUUUGGCUCGAAAGAUUAUUUCACUGGCGCUGUUCCUCCUUUCUUUGUUCUUUUUUGGUACUUACUACAUGGGAUUGCUUGAUGGAGGAGGAAUCCAGAUGUCCAAUGGAAUAUAUUAUAAUGGAUUUGUCCUCAGUGAUUUUAAUCAUUUCUGGCACAAGGAUGAAUCAAAGAUAUCUGGAAUAGAACUGCAGUCUCUAAGGCAGGCAAGCCAUGUUUUGAAAGAACUUCAGUCUCUUAAAGAGCAGAUAGAUAAGCUACAGACAGAGCUUUAUACUCUGAAGCAAGGUUCGAAGGACAUUACCCAGCGUGCUGUCCGUGAAGUCCUAGAAAGAAGUGAGAUCAAAGGUGUUACAACUUGGACCGUGAAAAGGAUGCUGAAUAAAGUACUUGAAAAGCUGGAUGAAGACCAAGUCCAAAUGCCUGAUUAUGCCCUAAAAUCAGCAGGUGCCAGCAUUAUUCAGUCCAGAACUACCAGGAGCUACCGUCAUAAUGGAGGAAAAUUUUUUUGGUUAUCAUUUCCAAUGCUGGUUUUUGUAAAGUCUCCAGAAGUUAUUCUUCAGCCCAGUAAUUACCCUGGGGACUGUUGGCCUUUCUCAGGAAAUCAGGGUGAAACUCUCAUCAAACUGGCUAUGGAAAUAAUUCCAAGAGCAGUUACAAUGGAGCACAUUUCCAAGAAAAUCUCCCCUACAGGAGAAAUCUCCAGUGCUCCUAAGGACUUCGCUGUCUAUGGUCUGAAGGAGGAAGAUGAGGAACAAGGAACUUUCUUAGGACAGUUCUUAUAUAACCAUGAAGGAGAUUUAUUUCAGACAUUCCAAUUGAAGAAUGAACUUCCUGAAUUCAUGCGGUAUGUGAAACUGAAAGUGCUGAACAAUUGGGGCCACCCGGAAUACACCUGCAUUUAUAGAUUCAGGGUACAUGGAGAUCUAAAAAAUGCCCAGGAGUUCUUUCAACAGAGUCCAAUACCUUAGGAACUCAAAUGGAAAUAACACCAGCAAACUAAAACUGAAAUUCUUAAGAUCACUCUGCUUCAUCAAUCAAGUGAAAAAGUGUCAUAGAAGACAAAAAUAGAAAAAUAAAAUAGCAACCAACAAUA